AUGGCUGUAAUUGUUCGUGCCUUCAAAGGAGAAACGCCCGAAGCUCCUACUACAGUAAUAGGCGUAGCUGGCUCACCUGUAAACCUUCCAUGUAACAUCACUCCACCAGGAGAAGAAGAUGCAGAAGAUGCCAUUGCCCUUGUUCUCUGGUACAAAGAUGAAUCCACCACGCCAAUCUACAGCUUAGACGCGAGACAAGGAAGUUUAGACCAGGCACGGCAUGCAGCCAAAGACAGUCUAAACGCCCGAGCUCAUUUAAGUAUAUCUGAAAGGCCAGCAUUUCUUAAGUUGGACCCUGCGAUGGUAGAGGACGAGGGCGAGUAUAAAUGCCGGGCAGAUUUUAAGAAAGCCAGAACACGAUACAUGUCCGUCUUCCUCAAGGUUGUAGUUCCACCUGGUAAACCUGUUAUAACAGACCGAAAUAAUGAAGUAUUACAAAGCCUCAUAGGCCCAUAUAAUGAAGGAGAGCCAUUAACAUUAAUUUGUGAAGUGGUUGGGGGUAAGCCAGUUCCAUCUGUCACGUGGUGGCGAGAGUCGGUGCUUUUGGAUGACAUGUACGACGUAAACACCAACGGAGUUAUUAGGAAUGAAUUACUAAUAUCUUCAUUACAACGGCACGACUUGAUGGCAGUCUUCACUUGUCAAGCGUCCAAUAAUAAUGUCUCGCUGCCUUCUUCGUCUUCGGUCACAGUAGACAUGAACUCUGCCCGAGAUCUCUGCAUGUUUAUUUGUAAGCAUCUAAAUGAUUGCAAAGCACUCUGUGAUACAUGA